AUGGAGCCGACCUGGACCUGGACCUGGACCUGGACUUUGAUGGGCCUCCUCCCCCUCCUCUCUGCAGACGUGACGGUGAAACACACCCAGCUGAAGUCGUGUGAAGGAGAUGAUCGUCUUUGCGUCAGUGACCUGAGAGACUGUGGAGGACGUCCUCCAUCCUCCGAGCAGAGGGUCCUCAACAUGUCCUGCUACUACCAGAGGUCUGAGGAUGGACUCCGGUCCCUAACCUGCAGCUGGACCCGGGAACCAGAACCAGGACCCAGAACUGAGGCCAGGACCUCCCUGAUCCUGUCCAGCCAGGACCAGGUCUACUCGUGUCCGGCGAUCCUCAACCCGGCCGCCGUCCUCAACGUCUCGGUCCGGAUCCGGGACUACAGGACCGGGACGGAGACCUGGUCCCGGCCUCGGACCGUGUCCCUGUUCCACGCAGGGAAGCCCCCUCCCCCCGUCCUCAGGGUCGUCGGUUCGACUCCGGACUCCGUCUCGGUGUCGUGGAGAAGCGGCGCCGACGGCGGCUGCAGGAUCCGGUUCCGACCAGACGACGGGCAGACAUGGACCCAGAUUCCAGGUCUGGUUCCGGCCCAUGAAGACCAGGAUCUGGACUUCAGGAUCCCGAACCUCCGUCCCCUGACGGCGUACCGAGCCGCCGUGGCCUGCAGGGGCCGGUCCGGGUUCUGGAGCGACUGGAGCUCCGACGUGACGGGAAGGACGUCGGAGAGAGCCCCCCCCAGACCUUCGGAGAUGUGCUACCGGCUGGAGGAAACCUCUGGAGGACGACUUCUUCACCUCAAGUGGAAGGCCGAUAGACGAGUCUCCGGGUUCCAGCUGAGCGUUCAGCCGCAGGGAUUCGCCCGCAACGUUAGCGAUGGGGAUGUAGCGCUGCUGCUGGUGGACGAGGGGAACUGCAGCGUCGCCGUCAGGGCCUUCAACGCCGCCGGCUUCGGACCCGCUGCGCACCUGGGGAUCGACGGGCGCAGACGCGGCGCUCCGCCCCCCGUCAGACACAUGUGGGUCUCCAGCUCGUAUCCAGACGAGGACGGGUUACUGGUCCGGUGGACGAGGACUCCGUCCUCUCCAUCCUCUCCGCUCAGCCACAUGGUGGUGCAGCUGGAGGCGGAGCCGGGUCCGAGUCCCGGGACCCCCGGUCUCUGGACCAGGGUGGACCCGUCCAGCACCAGCGCCGUCAUUCGAGGUGCCGACCCUGCGGCGUCGUACCGGGUCUCGGUGUUCCCGGUCCAGGAGCGGCGGUGCGGCCCGACCCGGUCCCUGAGGGCCAGCCUGCAGCAGGGAGCGCUGCUGGAGCCGGUGCACCUCAAGGUGCUCCGGGUCACCAAGACCUCGGUCACCUUCACCUGGACCUGGCAGAGGAAGAACGGACCAAUCAGAGUGGAGCGGUACCGGGCCGAGCUGAAGACGGGCCGCACCAGGCUGAACUUGUCCCUGUGGCCCGACCAGCAGCUCCUCACCUUCUCCAACCUGACGCCCAGCACCCAGUACGUCCUGCUGCUGAUGGCUGACCACAACCCCAGGGCCGCCGUCGCCGUGACGACCAGCUUCGACGACGUCCCCGUCUUGGCCUCCAGUCCCCUGCUGGUCCUCGGGGGGACGAUGCUGCUGCUCUGGAUCCUGUCCAGGACCGUCUACAAGUGGCGGUUCUUCCCGCCCGUGUCCAGCCCUCGAGGAAGCACCACCGGCCAGUGGCUGAUGGACCCCAACCUCCAGAGGCCCGACAGCAGCAUCCUGGAGAUCCGGGACUUCCAGGUUGUCGGGGAGAAGACGCUCGUCAUCCGGUCGCUGGUCGUCCAUCACAACCACGACGAUGAUGAUAAUGAUGCGUUUCCCUCGGCGACCGGCGGCCUGGUGGACCGGUCGGUCCCCGGUGAGGCUCCGCCCCCCCAGGACCAGGAAGAGGUCGCUCAGGCGCCGCCGUCGCCGCGCCAGGCCGCCGUGACGAGCCACGAGCUAACGCCGCCGGGGGGUUGCUGGUUGCACGGCGGACCGGAGAACAACAGCUCCUUCCUCGUCUGUGACACCGAAUACCUGGAAAACACCUGCUUCGGAGUCAAACCCGCAGCCGACAGGACAGCCGACAGGACGGCCGACGUCGGCGGAGGACACGAUACUGACCCCUGGUGGCCCGGAGGUGCCUUACACCUGGGAGUCCAGACUAGUGGAUGA